AUGGGCAGUCUUGAUGACUCUCGAGCCGACUCGGAUCCUGGUCCUGCGGCCCGCAGCAUCUUACCGAACGGUCCCUUGCAGCCCAUCGCCAUCAUUGGAUAUGCCUGUCGCCUGCCGGGGCAAGUCUCUUCCCCUGACGACCUAUGGGAGAUGUGUACACGCCGGAGGAGCGGCUGGUCUCCCAUCCCGCCAGAUCGAUUCUGUGCCGAAGCAUACCACCAUCCGUACGCAUCCAAGGUCGGGACCUUCAAUCCAGCUGGAGGCUACUUCUUGCAGAAUGAUAUAUCGCGUUUUGAUUCCCCCUUCUUCAAUAUCACCGCCCAGGAGGCCCAGUCCCUGGAUCCGCAGCAGCGCCAACUCCUCGAGUGCGCCUUCGAAGCCCUGGAAAGCGCCGGCCUCUCCAGAGAGACGUGUUCCGGAAAUAAGAUAGGUGUCUUCGUCGGCGGCAAUUUCUCCGACUAUGAAGUGAACAAUACGAGAGAUGUCGAGACUAUUCCGAUGUAUCAGGCUACGGGUUGCGCGCAGGCAUUACAAUCUAACCGCAUCUCAUACCACUUCAACCUGCGAGGACCGAGCAUGACCGUCGACACGGCCCGUUCCUCGUCUCUCGUCGCCUUGCACUAUGCAGUGCAAAGCCUGCGCAGCGGAGACGCGUCUGCUGCACUGGUGGGGGGUUGCCGAUUGAAUGUGCUGCCGGACCUGUUUGUGUCCAUGUCCAUGUCUCAGCUUUUUAACGAUGAAGGGAAAACCUUCGCUUUCGAUGAUCGAGCGCAGUCCGGAUUUGCACGAGGCGAGGGCGUGGGCAUGGUCGUAUUGAGGCCGCUCGACGAUGCCAUGCGCGAUGGGGAUCCAAUCCGGGCAGUCAUAGCCAACACCGGCGUGAACCAGGACGGUAAGACACAGGGAAUCACACAGCCAAAUGGGCAGGCCCAGGAAGCUCUCAUCCGUGACGUCUACCGGGGCGCCGGCCUGGACACGCGGGAUUGCGGAUUCGUGGAGAUGCAUGGCACCGGGACCAAGGUGGGAGAUCCCAUCGAGAGCCAUGCGGUAUAUCAAGCCCUCGCCCAGGGACGUCCGGAGCGCGACCCUCUCUUCAUCGGAUCUGUCAAGUCCAAUGUCGGACACCUCGAAGGCGCCAGCGGCGUUGUUUCUGUGAUCAAGGCUGCUAUGAUGCUCGAAAAGGAUCUUAUUCUGCCCAAUGCUGACUUCCAGACGCCGAAUAAAAAGAUCCCCUUUGAGAAAUGGAAUAUGAAGGUGAUACCGCGCACUCGCCCCUGGCCCAGGGGGAAGAAAUACGUGAGCGUGUCCAACUAUGGCUUUGGAGGUACCAAUGCGCAUGCAGUGCUCCAAAAGGCCCCUCUUCCUACUCCGAAGCGACAGGUGGAAGAGCGAGAGACGGAGGAUCCCAAGCGGAAAUUGGUUCUCAUCUCGGCCAGCAGCACGGAAGCCCUAAAGACUCGCAUCAAGGACCUGGGAGUGUACUUUGAACAACACCCCGAGGUCUUUGAGAAACGCCUAUUCGGAAACCUCGUCUACACUCUCGGCAGCCGACGGUCUCAUCUCCCAUAUCGCCUGGCAUUAUCCGCUACGUCGCAGGAUAAUCUCGGCAUCCAGUUGGCCCAAAGACAAGCCAGCCCGUCCCGAGUAACAGGGUCCCCCAGCAUCGGCUUCGUGUUCACGGGGCAGGGAGCCCAGUGGGCGCAAAUGGGCCUUCCAUUGAUGGACGUGUAUCCCAUCGUGGCAUCCGUGAUGGAGGCUGCCGAUGCCUGCUUGCGCAAGCUGGGUGCGAGCUUCUCCCUCCUCGAAGAAAUGCGCAAGGGCGAGGAGUCCUCCCAGAUAAAUGCACCGCAUAUCAGCCAGCCAGCAUGCACGGCUUUGCAGGUUGCUCUCACUACGCUGCUCGGGUCUUGGGGCAUCCAUCCGGCGGCCGUCGUCGGCCACAGUUCUGGCGAGAUUGCUGCUGCCUUUGCGGCGGGAGCCUUCAAUCUAGAAUCCACCAUGGCGUUGGCGUACCAUCGUGGACAGGCAACUCUUACGCUCAAGGAGAAGCAUCCAUCGUUGAAAGGUGCAAUGCUUGCUGUGGGCAUCGGUGAGGAGACUGUCCGGCCAAUGCUUCAGCUGCUUCGUGCGGGAUAUGCUACGAUAGCCUGUGUUAACAGCCCAUCAAGCGUCACGGUCUCCGGAGACGAGGAGGCAGUGGUGGAGCUCGAGCAGAUUCUCCAGGAGAGACAACUCUUCUGUAGAAGGCUCAAGGUCGAUGUAGCAUAUCACUCCUCCCACAUGAAACGGGUGUCCAGUGAGUACCUGCAGGCCAUUCAAUGCAUCCACCCUUCUACUGUGCAAAGCGCAACCUUCUUUUCCUCUGUCAGUGGCUCUCGGACUGAGACCACGACGCUCAACCCGGCGUACUGGAUAGCGAAUCUCACCUCGACCGUACUGUUCCCACACGCUCUGGGGGAAAUGUGCUCGGGUGAUGAGCGGCCACAGUUGCUGAUAGAAAUCGGCCCUCACUCAGCGCUCAAGGGACCGGUUCUUGAUACAUUGAAGUCUCUAGGGCAGAGCAUCCCCUACGCUUCUGCGCUAAUCCGCAAGCAAGACCCAACGGAGUGCGUGUUGAACGUCGCAGCUACCGCGUACAUGAGGGGAUUGACUCUUAACAUGAACCCAAUCAACUUCCCACGGACCGGCGCUGCCUUGCAGUCCGUCCUUACUGAUCUGCCUCCUUAUCCCUGGCAGCAUGGCACACGCUUCUGGCAUGAGCCACGAAUUGUGCAGAAGCACAGACUGCGCGAUGGCAGGAGGCACGACGUAUUGGGGCUCAUCGCCAACUAUUCAAACGAUCUCGAGCCGACGUGGCGGAAUAUAGUCCAUCUGGACGAGGUACCCUGGCUCCGUGAUCAUUGUAUGCAGGGCAUGCCUGUCUUCCCUAUUGCCGGCUACUUAUCCAUGGCCCUGGAAGCGUCCAGUCGACACGCCAGACAACGUCGUCUUGCCUUCUCCCGGUUUGAGCUGCGAGAGGUGAUGGUUGUGGCAGCGCUGGUCCUGAGCCAUGACUCAGGCGUCGAAGUCACCACCUCCUUGCGACCGCAUGCUGAAGGUCUGCGAGGAUACUCGAGCACCUGGGAGGAAUUUAGAAUCUGCUCCUGGGAAGCACAUCGUGGCUGGACUGAACACUGUCGGGGUCUCAUUCGCGUUGUGGACGAGAAGGGCGGAGCUCCAUGGGAGGAGUCUGAGGUCAAACUUGGUCGCCGGGAAUCGCAGAUCUCAGCCAUAAGAACAGCUGCUACUCAAAAGAUUGACUCUUCCACGCUCUACCAGGCCUUGGAGGCGCUGGGAGCCGGGUACGGACCGACAUUCCGGGGAAUGGAGGAUUGCUUCGCAGAUGCCCGCCAUAGCUACGCUGGUAUCUACGUGCAAGACACCAAGAGUGUAAUGCCAAAGGGUAUUGAGUCUGGGUUAAGCCAUCACCCGGCGUUUAUAGAUGCUUUUAUCCACCUCGUCUGGCCGAUUCUGGGACCGGGACGUGUAGAGCAGGGAUCCCUCUACAUGCCCACUUCCAUCCAGCACGCUGUCAUCAGCUGCAAAAUGCCUACCUCUCCUGGUGAACACAUGCUGGGAUACUGCACGUCCAGACAAGACCAAGUUGUCGCGGAGCCCGUCCACUUCGACCUGUUUGGGACGGCCCAGGACUCGGGCGAUCUCCUUCUUGCUCUUGACAACCUGGUUAUGAGCCCUGUUAACCGCUCGGAAACCGGACCAGAGCAGCAACAACGGAAGCUGUGCUACAAGGUCGAGUGGCAGCCAUUCCUUAUGUCGACGGUGACGACCAAUGGCCAUUCUGAAUCCAUGAAUGGACAUGUUGAGGCUGUAAAUGGGCGCUCGGAGACGACGAAUGGAUACACCAAGACAAACGGCACCACUGUCGUCCAUGAUGCUGCUGGCAACGGCAAUGCGAGCAUCCUUACAAAUGGAUCGAGCAAGCGGCCGCUUGAUCUUAACGUCGCCGUGUUUGGCAAACGUAACGAAGUGACGGAUGCUCUUUGCAGGACCCUUGCAGCUGCUAUAGCCCCUGAUCCCUUGAUAUGCGAUUUGGAGGAUCUUGACGGCGCAGGGAAGAAUGUGAUUAUAUUGGAAUCAGGCACACGAUCACUCCGCCAUAUGGAUCCUUCCUUGCUCGCCCGGCUGAAGAAUGUCCUGCUGAGCGCAUCUAAGAUCCUAUGGGUCUAUCGUACCGAUGUUCCGGAUUCCCAGAUGAGCGUUGGAUUAGCACGUUCCGUGAGGUCUGAAACCGUCGCCCACGUUGCUUUGUUAGGGCUAGAUCCCUUGCAUCGCGAGCAGAGUACAGCCGCAUUGAUCGAUGUGAUCGGCGCCAUGUACCCUAAGCCAGGGGUUCCGGCAUGCGAAGAAUUCGAAUUCAAAAUGCAGGACUCUCGCCUGAUGAUCCCCCGCGUAGUGGAAGACACCGUGGUCGACACGUUUGUCGGAAAUGAGACCAUUGAAGCAGCCAUAUUCCCCCAAAGAUAUGUCCAGCCUGGCCGGCGGCUUAAAAUCCAAGUCGGCACAGUUGGCCAGCUAGACACGCUCUUCUUCGUGGAUGAUCUUCCGCCUGCUCUAGGCCCCGACGAGGUCGAGAUUCAGGUCAAGGCCACCGGUGUGAACUUCAAAGACGUCGUCGUGGCAAUGGGCCAGCUAUCUCAGCCAUACAUCGGCAUCGAAUGCAGCGGAGUGGUCUCAUCGGUAGGACAGAACGUCAAGCAUGUCCGCGUAGGGCAACGGGUGAUGGCGAUGCCUGAAGGCGCGUACUCGACCUACGCACGAUGCCGGGAGACCAGCGUCUACCCCAUCCCAGCAGACCUCUCCUUCGAGGAAGCCGCCUCGAUCCCGGUUGUUUUCUGCACUGCCUACUACGGGCUUUUCGAUCUGGCUAAUCUGCAGUCGGGAGAGAGAGUCCUCAUCCAUGCCGGAGCAGGAGGAGUCGGCCAGGCGGCCAUCAUGCUCGCACGGCUCGUCGGUGCAGACGUCUUCGUGACCGUUGGCAGCUCGGAGAAGAGGUCAUUCCUGAUGCAGCACUAUUCCCUCCCCGCGAACCGCAUCCUAUACAGCCGGGAUACCUCCUUCGCAUCUGCAGUAAGAGCCUUGACCGAGGGCGAGGGCGUCGACGUCGUCCUGAACUCCCUGGCGGGUGAUCUGCUACGCGAGAGCUGGAACUGUCUUGCGCCGUUCGGCCGGUUUAUUGAAAUUGGAAAAGCAGAUAUCACGAAGAAUACGCGCCUGGAAAUGCUGCAGUUCGAGAAUAACGUCGCAUUUGCAUCCGUCGACCUCACCAAGGUCGCGCAGAAACGACCCAAGCUAAUGCGACGGCUUCUGAGCGACGUCAGUCGCUUGAUCACUGAUGGAUCGGUGCGCCCGAUCUCCCCUGUUACGGUUUAUCCGAUUUCUGAAAUUCAGCUGGCGUUCCGGACAUUGCAAGCAGGCAAGAAUACUGGUAAAAUCGUGGUUGUUCCCCGUGAGGGCUGUGAAGUCAAGGCCGUUGCUCCUAAGACCCCAGUCCGUCUGCUACAGGAACAUGGUACCUACAUCCUAAUCGGGGGUACUGGAGGACUUGGUCGGGCCAUUGCUAGAUGGAUGGCAUCGCGUGGAGCCAAGCAUAUUGUGCUUGUCUCCAGGAGCGGAGCAUCUACCGACGAUGUGAAGACGACAAUCCGCGACCUUGAGCUCCUGGGGACCCAGGUGAUUGUCGAAGCGUGCGAUGUUGGCAGCAUGGAAUCCGUCACUAGACUUGUUAAGGAACAAUUGAAGGACCUGCCUCCAGUCAGAGGUAUCAUACAUGGGGCCAUGGUCCUCCGGGAUGCCUUGUUUGAAAACCUGGCCGCGGACGACUUCGAGGCUGUAACCCGAUGCAAAGUGGACGGUGCCUGGAACCUCCAUCUCGCGCUGUCCGAAUCACCCCUGGACUUUUUUAUUGCUCUCUCCUCCGUCGCAGGAAUUGUUGGCAACCGUGGACAAUCCGCGUACGCAGCUGCGAAUGCCUUCCUGGACGGCUUCAUGGCCUAUCGACGCUCAUUGAACCUCUGUGGUGUAUCGAUUGACCUGGCAGCGAUUGCAGAUGCCGGAUAUCUAGCAGACAGCGACCCGGCUCGCCGACAAGAAGUGCUGAAGAACAUCGGCAGCCAGGCAUUGAACAGCGUGGACGUAUUUGCGCUCUUGGCUGCUGCAAUUUCUGGCAAGCUGGACGAUUCCUGCAACGGACAAUGCAUCACCGGGCUGAGCGUGGAAGACACUACUGCUGAACCCUUCUGGAUCCACGAUCCACGAUUCGCAACUCUCAGGACCGCAGCACAAGCCGGUCUGGGAGGCGUAGGGUCGGACAGCAGGCAGGCUUCCCUGCGGACAUUGCUGGCGACUGCAUCCUCUCGGGAGAUUGCCCUGGACUGCUUGCAGGAGGCGCUUGUCGUCAAGUUGGCUGACGUGCUUACCAUAACUCCGGAUGAUAUCGGCGAUGGUGUAUCGAUCUCAUCGCUUGGUCUUGACUCCCUCGUGGCCAUUGAGAUCCGGAAUUGGAUUGCGCGGGAGACUGACGCCAAUGUCCAGGUGCUUGAGCUGCUGUCUGGUAAGAAUAUCAAGCAUCUUGCCGAGAUGGUGUUGGCCAAGUCAAAGCUGGCACAGCAGUUAGGAUAG